GAGCGCUGCACAGCGCGCCUUCCUGCCUCCUAGCUGCCUGCCCAGCAGUUCCGACCCAGCGCCAACAGGCCUGCUCGGUCGAUCUUCGAUCCAAAGAUGCGGCGAGGCUGGAAGAUGGCUCUGUCCGGGGGACUGCGGUGCUGCCGCCGAGUACUUUCCUGGGUGCCAGUGCUUGUUAUCGUCCUUGUUGUGCUUUGGUCCUACUAUGCCUAUGUCUUUGAACUCUGCCUGGUGACUGUUUUGAGCCCAACAGAAAAAAUUACCUACCUCAUAUUUUACCAUGCCAUUGUGUUCUUUACCUGGACCUACUGGAAAUCUAUAUUUGCAAUCCCACAGCAGCCAAACCAGAAGUUCCAGUUGUCCUAUUCAGACAAGGAACGCUAUGAACAUGAAGAAAGACCUGAGGUCCAGAAGCAGAUGCUCAUCGAUAUAGCUAAAAAGCUCCCAGUUUACACAAGAACUGGGAGUGGAGGUCAGUUCAUUGAAAGAUGUCAUGGUGCUAAACCAGAGUCCACUUAUCACACUCUGUGUUGUUUCUUUUGUAGAUGUGUAUUAAAAAUGGACCAUCAUUGCCCUUGGGUUAAUAAUUGCAUUGGAUUUUCCAACUACAAAUUCUUUCUUCAGUUUUUAGCUUAUUCUGUCCUCUACUUCCUGUACAUUGCUACAACAGUCUUCAACUAUUUCAUCAAAUACGGGAAAGGGGAAUUGCCCAGUGUUGGCUCAAAGUUCCAUGUUCUUUUUCUCCUCUUUGUGGCCUGCAUGUUUUUUGUCAGCCUUGUGAUUCUCUUUGGUUACCAUUGUUGGCUUGUCAGCAGAAACAAAACCACCUUAGAGGCCUUCUGUAAUCCAGUGUUUACAAGUGGCCCAGAGAAAAAUGGGUUCAACCUUGGCUUCAUCAAAAAUAUCCAGCAAGUGUUUGGAGAUAACAAGAAGUUCUGGUUAAUACCUACUGGGUCCAGUCCUGGUGAUGGACACUCCUUCCCUAUGAGAUCUAUGAGCGAGUCGCAGAACCCACUCCUAGCAAAUGAAAAGCCCUGGGAAGAAAAUGAGGAGGAAAACCAAGAAUUUAAAGCAAAAAUCAUAAAGAUACGAGCUGGGCAGAAUAAAAUCAUAGAAGACACCAGGGUGUUCCUUGCUGCAGAGAUAAAAGACCAAAAAAGGAGCCCUGAGGAGGCAGAUCCCAGAUUGUGCCACCACUUAACCCCAGCAAAUCUGAUCCCACCUUCGGAUCUGAGGCUGUGCCACAUCCCCCUCCUCGACUCCCAGCAGCAGGGAAGCAGCGACCUGCCGGAAUUUGUUUCCGUUCCAGUUGCUGGAAAUGCUCCAUCAUCUCUUCACUGCAUUACACUUGGCAAAGCACCUACCAACAAUGCACACGAUGGGAACGGAGCCAUGAAGAACAUAAUGGCUUGA